AUGCCUAACCGUCUCGGAAUCGGUUCCAUGUCCCUAGGGCGCCCGGGGAUCCAUGAUCUGCCAACCAAGCUGCACCAGGCCUCCCAGUUCGGCUACAAGGGCAUCGAGCUAUUCUUUGACGAUCUUGACCACUUAGCCAAGUUGCUCUUUGAUGGUGAUCAUAUUUUAGCUGCUCAACAUAUACGCCAGCUUUGUGUUUCGCUGGACCUCUCUAUCAUCUGUCUGCAGCCUUUUUGGCACUACGAGGGACUUCUGGACCGCACUGAGCACAAGCAUCUUCUCACCGAGAAGCUUCCCAAGUGGUUUGAGCUUGCACGCAUUCUGGGCACAGAUCUCAUCCAGAUCCCAUCUAACUUCCUCCCCGCGGAUGCUCAGACAGGCCAGCCCCGCACCACAGGUGAUAUGUCUGUCAUUGUCUCAGAUCUUCAGAAGAUCGCCGAUCUUGGUCUUCAGCAGUCCCCCCCUUUUCGUUUUGUCUACGAAGCCCUAGCAUGGGGAAACCACAUCAACAAAUGGGAAGACUCCUGGGAGGUUGUAGAGCGGGUCAACCGUCCAAACUUUGGAGUUUGUCUUGACACCUUCAAUAUCGCAGGACGGGUGUAUGCCGAUCCCACAUCUCCCACAGGAAAGACACCUAAUGCGGAUGCCGAUCUCCAAGCAUCUAUAGCCCGCCUGCGAUCUCGUAUCGACCUCUCAAAGGUUUUCUAUGUUCAAAUCGUGGAUGGCGAACGCCUGAGUGCCCCUUUGGACGAAUCUCACCCCUUUUAUGUCAAGGGUAACCCCGCCCGCAUGAACUGGUCGCGUAACGCACGUCUGUUUGCCUUUGAAGAGGACCGUGGUGGAUACUUACCCGUCUUGGACGUCGCUAAAGCCUUCUUCGAUAUCGGCUUCGAGGGCUGGGUUUCCCUGGAAUUGUUCAACAGAAGCCUGGCUGAUCCUGAUCCAUCUACGCCUCGCAAUCACGCCAAAAGAGGUUUUGAGUCGUGGAAGAAACUAGUCGCUGCCUUGAAACUGAAUACUGGUGAUGCUUCCUCGGUGUAUGGUCUUGACGGUACAGUUUCACCAUCGACUUCCGCUUUGCCUGUGCAGCAUCGCCUUUAGCGCCGCUUCCGGCUUCUUUAC